ACGAGGAGAAUGCUUGAGGGCCAGUCGUCGAGGCAUCGAAAAAUCAACACGCUUAUUAAAGCUAAUUCUUGUUCACCACUUUUUUAAAGAUUAUUACAAUUGCUUUUAUAAUAAAAAAAUGUACUCAUUAAAAUUAUUGUAUUGAUUAUUUUAAAUUACCGUCUUACAGUGUGUGUAUGUGUGUAUAUAUAUAUAAUAAAAAACACGAUACGUCACAAUAUGUAUUUGGUUCGGCACAUGCGUGCGCAGUACGUUGCUGUAUGCAGUAUUGUUGUUUUACUAUUGCAUGAAACAUGUUAAAAUUAGAUAUUAGAUUAAAAAUCGUAAUUAUAAUUAUGUUUGUGUUUACGAAAUAUAAUUAAAUUUAUUUUAAUUGAGUUAAUAUUGAAGAAAUGACGUGAUUGAGUUCUCUAUCAAUUCCGAUUGUGAUCUGGACACGACAGUAAUGCCAGCAAAAAUUUUAAGUAAAUGAAGAUGGACAUAAAAAUGGAAGUAAGUUCAGAAGAAACAGAUACUGAAGAAGACUCUAACAAAAUAGACUUAGUAUUACCACAGAAACAUUUCAUCAUGGACAAUAAUGCAGUCUUGGCACCUGUUGAGAUAGAGGAACUUGAUCCAGAGUCUAUCAACAAAAUGAAUUUGAAUAUGGGUGAAUUCAUUGAAGCAGAGGCCAUAAAGAUUCAUAAUAUACCUGAUCAGCUGUCAGUGAGUCAACCUGUACAGUAUGUCGACUACAAUCAAUUAAAUGAACCAAUGACUGACACAAUGACUGAUACAGAAGAGCAGAAUUUACUCAGUGUUGAAGAGGAAAAUUUAAUAACCAAACAGUUUUUAAAUGGUGAAUUAACAUUUUCUGAGUUUACAGAGAAAAUGGAUCAAGGUGUUGAAAUUGAAUUGGAAGAAAUUGAAAUAAGUAAUACAGUUAAUCCAGCUAGCGAACCACCUCCUCAGACAAACAGUCAAGUAGCAUCACCUAAACCACAGAAAGCUGCUAAAAGUCGAUCAAGGCGACCAAGAAGAAAUCUCCCACCAGCUCUGCAAGGCCUAAUGGGUGAGGCAAACUUGCGAUAUGCUAGAGGAGAAAUUGAGCUUGCUACUCAAAUUUGUAUGGAAAUCAUAAGGCAGGUACCAAACGCUCCAGAGCCAUUUCACACACUGGCUUCAAUUUAUGAAAAUGAUCAGCCAGAAAAAGCCAUGCAAUUUCAGCUAAUAGCCGCUCAUCUGAGUCCUAAAGACUCUGAGCUGUGGGUACGCUUAGCAACAUCAUCUUUAGCAUCUGGCAAUUUAAGACAAGCGCUUACAUGCUAUUCUAAAGCUAUCCAAGCAAGUCCUAAAGACAUUGAAUUGUAUGAAAUUCGUGCUAAGCUUCAAGAAAAGUUUGGAGACAAAAAGGCUUACAUCCGAGCCUACUCAAAGUUAUUGCAUCAAUUCGGACCAGAGGAUGGUGUUCACAUUGUAGCUUAUGCUAGAAACUUAGCUGAGAGGUGUAUGAAAGAAAAUAUGUACGAAAUAGCUGCUGAUGGUAUGGACAACAUAUUUAAAAAAUGUCCACAAUUGGUUACUCUAGCGGAAGUCAACAUCAUGAUAGAUAUUCUUAUUCCAUUGAGACAAUUCACCAAAUGUCUCGACAUUCUCAUCAGUUAUGCGAAAAUCAUAAUCGAGUAUGUUCCCGAGAGCACUAGUAUUGCUGCUUGUUAUAUUCCCGCUGAUUUGCCAGUCGACCUCAAAGCCAAGUGCAUAAUUACAGUAAUCGAGCUCAAUGCAAUCACUAUCGCAGACACGCUCAUUCCCGACUUUCUUACUACGGAAAAUCCUGAAAUCUCCGGUGACUUGUUCCUCGACAUCGCCGAAGCAUUCAUGAAUAAGAAGGAAUUCAGACGCGCUUUGGAUCUACUGGAGCCACUCGUCAACAGUCAAAACUUCAGUCUGGCCGCGGUGUGGCUACGUCAUGGAGAAUGUUGGAUAGGUUGCAAAGAUUUGAAUAAAGCAAUCAAGUCCUACGAGAUGGUACGUAAAUUGUCGCCACUGCAUUUGGAAGCUCGCAUGGAGUUGGCUAAGCUUUACAAGCUUAAAGGUCAGUUCAACAAAGCUGUGCAAGUUUUGAAGCAGGAUAUCGAGAAAGAUAGUCUCGAUCCAGCUGUUAUUUACGAAAGAACAAAGUUACUGCUGAAAGUCAAAAGAUACGACGAGUUCUUUGAAUCAGGGUUAUUGUUACUCUCUAGACAUUGUAUCACAUUGAGAUCCAGGCUUGAGCUUACCGCUUUAAGCCGAACCAGCGCGUUAAGGCAGCGUACGGAAAUUUUAUACAGGGAUAGACUGUCGAGAGGAGAACCUUUGCACGACGAGAAUGCACCAACUUUUUGUUCGAAGGAAGAUCCGACAAAGAAGCAAGAAUUCAAUCUUGUCUUGCAGAUGUGUCACUUGGCGUGUAAACUCAAGAAAUACGGCCUCAUGCAACGUAUCUGUUUCACGACACUCACGUCCAAACGCUUCGCCGCAGAAAACAGUCAAAUUAUGUAUCUUUGCUUAAUUGCUUGUAUUCGUAAUAACGAUUCGUUCGCAGGAUUUAACAUCGUUCGCGAGCUCGUACGUUCAAAGAAACGUUCCAAAGCUUGGAAUUUAUUGAACAUUAUUAUUCAGAGGGCCGAGGAUUCACGUCACAAUAGAUUCAUGAUGAGACAGUUGGGCAAAGAGGAUGUGUUUUCCUAUCUGCAUAUAUUACACGCAAAUAAUUGCCUUGUGUCGGGCACAUACAAGUAUGCUUUGAAUGAUUACAUUUCGCUUUUCAAAGUUAAGCCCAGCGCGUUGUUAGCUCUGCUUGUUGCGGUUACCUGCUUGCAGAUGGCUUGUCAGAAAUUCUCAUCCAAGAAGAACCAGUUGGUUACUCAAGCCAUGGCAUUUUUGAAAACCUACAUGGAGCUACGAGGCGAACAAGGCUCACAAGAAGCCAACUACAACAUGGCACGAGCUCUGCAUCAGUUAGGUUUACUCACUGGUGCUAUACAUUUUUACAGCAAAGUUUUGGAACUACCAGCACCCGAACUCGUUGAACAACACUCAAAUUUGUUGGAUCUCAAGAAAGAAGCCGCUUUCAAUAUGCAUUUGAUUUACAUGCAGUCGGAAAAUCAUCAACUAGCGAGGACUUUCUUGGAAAAUUAUAUUACUAUUUAAGUGAGCGUUCAUUCGUUUAAUUUCAUGCAAGUGUAUAAAACUGUUGAUAUAGUUGUAAGGAAUAAAUUAAUUUCUAAGAUUGUUUAAGAAUGUAAUAUGUUUUAAUGUUACAAUUCUGUAUGAAAUAUAAAAAUUGUGCGUAGUGCUUAAUUUAAAAAAAUAAAAUAUAAGUCAUUCUUCGUGAUAAGAGAGCGAAAUAGAAUGUAAUAGAAGUA